UUUUACAGGCUAAUUUACAAACUGCUCCACCCACAAGCAGGGCUAACCAAGGCAGGAAGAGAAAAUCAGAUAGUUUAAAUACCUUGAAAAUCUAAAUACAUAAAAAAAUACAUAAAUAAAUAUCAUCAACAAUUUUAAACCUACUCACCUGCCAUUUGAGUUUCACAAUGGGAGUAGGUUCUAGUUCCCCAUGGACCAACACUUGGUGGAAAAAUCAGUCGGAGAGUUUACUAGUAUUGCUUGAAAUUUCAUCCUGUAUCUAUGAGAAAUUAUAAACCUAAUGCUAAAUGUUUUUGAUCACCAGUGUGAGAUGUUGUUCUUUCCUAUUGCACUAGUUAUAAUGUUCCUCUUCUUGACGCUGCCAAGAAUUUCACCAUACUCGUUAAAAACAAUGUGCAGUUUCCCAAGUUUGGUGAAUCAAAGUAAGUAAUAAUAUUUACAGUUUAAUUUAUACUUCUUGUUUUGAGCUUACUGGCUUAUAGCUAGAACGCUUUAUGCCGGCAUCAGCGUAAGAAUGAUGGUAAGGUCAUUGCUAUUGUUCUUGUGUGUGUAGUGAAGCGUAACCUUAGGCGCCAAUUCAAAGGGACUGGCUUUGAUACCUGCUAUCCCCCAUUCUCUGUUUUAUACAGUAUUGUUAUGACAAGGAGGAAUUUGACACUGAUCGUUCUUAGGGCUUUUUAAUAAGGUUAAAUAGGAUAUUAUGCUCCUUUAUUUUAAAAACAUUAAGUGUUUAAGUUUGUGAGGAAUGGCCUUUCAAAUAUAAUAUUACAGGAAACAUGUUCUGUUAUGAUAAUUCUCAAAUUGAGUUUAGCCAGAGUAAUUUCUUUGCUAUUUCUAUCCAUUCUUAAUAUAUUUAUAUUGUUUUUUUUUAAAUUUAUAUUUCUUUUUUUGUUUACUGUGAGAAAAUCAUCUCAUUUAUUAAUUUGUUAUCACAUUGGUGACAGAAAAUUGUGCUGUCAAACAAAUUGCAUCCCCUGUUAUGCAGCAUGCAUCCCUUAAUCACAAGAUUUCAAUCAUGGCAUGCAAGUUUACCUCUUAGAGGUUUUAACAGCAGUUGCAGGUGAUAACCUUUGGUUUUUGCCUUUAAAAGUAUAUUAUUUUUGUUUUUCCAAACAGGAGAAACAUCCAGUCCAAUAACAAAACAUACUUGACUAUCUGUAAUUAUGAUCCUGAAACAGACCCUCUGUGUCCAAUAUUCCAGCUUGGAAAGAUUGUUGAGCUAGCAGGUGUCAAUUUUGAUGAUAUAGCUUACAAGGUAAGUUCAGGCUCGAAUUAACAACAGAAAAAAACAGAAUUUGACUUCUUUCAUGAAUGUCAGUUUUAGAUCAUCCUAAUCCAGUAUCAAUGACCUGACCAGUGGUCAUGGCAAAAAAACUCUUAUACAAUCUAGCCAAUCAGUGUGUGUGAAGUUACUGCCAACUUUGGACAUUCUUCCUUUUACAUAAAAAACAACUGGAAACUUGCAUGGCAUAGAGAAACACAUUUUUUAUAUGAUUUAUAGUGAACAGAGUAGACCAUCACACAUGAAAUAUCUAUUUCAGUUAAUUUGUUUAAAAUUAUAAUUGAUUAAUUUACUUUUUCAAUAAUCUUUUUUUCUGUUGUCAUUUUCAUGUCAUUUCAGGGUGGAGUCAUGGCCAUUGUUAUAACAUGGAAUUGUAACUUUGACUCUCUUGCAUAUUCUUGUGAACCCAAGUACUCAUUUAUAAGGUGAUUACAGACCUCCUGGUUUCAAUAAUAGUCGGGCUGUAAUAUUAGGAUGCAGUCUGAACCAUUUUCACUGCUGAAACUUAACUACCCCAAAAUUUCUUUUUCGAUCACAACCCAAAUCUCCCAAAUCUAUCAAGUGAUUUUUUAAGAUAAUGUAAAUUUAUAAAAUGUAGUUUGUUUAAUUAAAUAAUGUACAUAUGUAAUGUAGUUUGUUGGAAACAAUGAUGUGUCCUGACCAUUAAUAAAAUUUAUCAAGGGUGCCAUUCUUCUAAAAUAAAAAUUCUCCCCCACUAAGUAGCUGAUAGCCAGGAGUAUAAGCAAGUAGAUGUAUAAUGAACAUAAUGCAGUCAUAUAACUGAUAAAAUUCAUAGUGUUGCUGUGAAUGCAUGUCUCCGUGUGUUAAUUAACACAACUCAUGGCCAGUCACGAGUGUGGGACAAAGAAAAAAUCUGAGUCCCUGACAGGAUUCAAACCUAUGGCCUCUCAAACACCCGGCAGGUGCUCUAUCCACUGAGCUACGGAGAACUCAUGGAGAGCGAGGCCAUAUACUUAAGGUUCAUAUUUGACAUGCGUCCUUCAUACUGCUAGGAUCAGCAAUGUCGAGAUCGUACUGUGUGGUGAAAGAAUGAAAGAUGGUUAAAUUUACCAUCUUUCAUUCUUUCACCAAUCAUUAUAUGGUUUUUAAAUAAAUAAUCAUGUUUUCUCCUCAGAUUGGAUGACUCCAAAGCACUGAUUGCCGAAGGUUAUAAUUUCAGGUAACAUUAGUUCCAUAUCAUAUCAUUAUCAUCAUACUGAUCCUGCUGACAAUUUUUUUUUUUAAUAUUCUAACCUCGGAAGAUAGCCUGUUCCAGACUUAAAGAUACUUAUAGUAAUGAGCAGAGGUCACGAAAUCUGAUGCAUAAAACACACACCCCCUUUCCCAGAUCAUACACAUCUUAUUCUCUCAUGCAUAUGGCUUGUUCAGUUUGGAACAUUCCUACUAUCUGAAGGCCUGGCACAGGCUAAACAUGAGUGUUUAAAUUUCUUUGUUUUAUUUUGUUUUUUUUCAAUACUUUUGCAGAUAUGCUAAUUACUAUGUACAAGACAAUGUUCUUUACAGGACACUGUUCAAAGCUUAUGGUAUUCGAUUUAUGAUCCUGGUAUAUGGACAGGUAAAAAUAAUUGUUGCAUGUUCUGUUCACCAUGANUACGUUAUACUUGAAUUAUUUGCUAGUGGUUAUUUAAUUUUAAUGCCUGUAAACCCGUCAAAGCACUAACGCUUAACGACUUCCAAUAUAAACAAAAAUUAACAUUCUCUUUUCCAAAGGAGAUUCAAAAGCUGGCCGCGACUCGAGCACUAGCCGUUUGUCAGAGCCGUGUAAAUCAAUGGAUUGUGAUUGUAUGUGGGUUAUAUAUCCCUUUGUUUCCAUUGGAAUUUACAGCGCCGAGUUUAGAAAUGAAGUUUUGCAAAAAUUUCUUCGGCUCCCAAAUUGUCUACAUGAACCAAUAACCCGUAAUCCGCUCUGACAAAAGUCUGGUGUUCCAAACAGCAGCUUUUGAAUCAACAUAUGUUGACUGACUCAUGAGAGCCCAAGAGUGUUCGUCAGCUGAGAAGUUUCUCUAAGUCUUUACAAAGUUCAUCCAUUUCAGGACUGCUUCCUUUAAACUUCUCCACACUGAGUCCCAAGACACUUGCAAGACCUGCCACCUGAAGCAAACAAAAAAUUAUUGCAGUUGUCUGUCGCAUCGUUAAUCGGGUUUUAUUUUGUAAAUAUUUAUCCAAGUAACCCAAUCCUGCCUUUAAAAGUUAAGCUACUGCUUUGCAGAUGAAUCUGUAGAUACUACUAGGGCAUGAUACGAAUGAUGCUGAAUGAUGGCUUAACAAACAAACAAUGUGGAUAUUAAAUAGGAGAGAAAAGGUAAGCAAUCACAUAAAAAUUGUGAAUUGGAAAGGAGGCCGUUUAAUGGAGCUGGCCUCGCCCGUAGAGUUUCAACUGUAAUCAGAUGGCAUGUUAGCGUUUUGAGAAAGUGCGUGUGCCUUGAACUUUACUGUGAAAAGUCAGCGCAAAAUUAACCUGUCAAAUUAAAUCAAAGUGUUUAAAGUUUUGUGACAGAAUUUAGACAAGAAAAUUAAACUACCUCAGAACUGCAGUCUAUAAAUCUUCUCAAUGCGUAAAGGCAGUUAUGACCUGACAACAAUGAAACAAAAGAUAAAUGAGUUCAUACCUUGAAAAGAAAACGACCUUUAGAAGCCUUUGAGGGUAAGAGAAAACUAAUUUAUGAACAGACUUUCUAAUAUUAACUAGCCAUUUGUCCAUACUUCCUCGAAUAAUGGCAUUCCCUCGAUUAAUCGCCUCCCCGAAUCACCUCCCACCUUAGACGGAAUUUUUUUAUGGAAUCGAAAGUUUGAACUUUCAUAUGGUAGGCAGAGAACGUAUUCAGAGCUUUAAAACUUCAAUUUGGAAAGAAAAUCUUCCUCUUCUCUAAUCCUCACCCAGAAUUACCAUGGGUUGGAAACGCGCGAGAUCUCAACACAACAGCCCACAUGCAGGGCAAGACACUUUAAAAGCGAGCAGAAUUCUGUGUGAAAGACCGACCUGUUUCUGGUGACACAUCCUUGCUCAAAACUUCAAUAACAGCUGUCGAACACUCAAGGGCAAUUUCUUCGUGUACCUGAAUAAAUAAAUAAAUUUAAUUACCACUACAGUGUAUGUUCAUAAUUGUUCACUGUUCUCGAGAGGGGAUAAUGACAUUCAUGUGAUGGGUCCAUCACUUGCUGUCCUUAGCGUGUGAGCAAGCUCUCCAUUUGGGGGAUACAACUGAUGAAGGGCUCUGCUUUUCCUUCCACAAGAACUACAAACUCAGUCCGACUUAUCCCCUGCUCGCAAUAUUCUAUUGGCAAUCCAACACUUUCACACGUACAGCUUUGCGAGAAUUACAUCAGACGAGCCCGCCUGCUUUGAGAGCUGAAACAAGCUCUCGGUUCCAGUAUGAUCCCCCUGAGAACCAAAUUUGACACACAGACGACAGUUAACUCUCACAGAAGGAGAAAGCGAUUUUCUUCCUCUGCCGGUCUCCUUUUUCGGAGUGAGUUCAGCGAUCGCCGACACAACACGGGUUUUGGGAAUAAGAGCAUCGUGUUUCUACGUUUGCCGCGAAAAUUUCGGGCAGGCCAGCUGAGCCUGUUAUCAAUCAACUUUGAUAUCCGGAACGUCAUUUUCAGCCAAUGGUAUCUCCCUUCGUCUGAAAAUUCAUGAGACAUCAUUUGAGGCUCUCCUUUCCUCGGCCGCUCGCGGCUCGCUCGCGCGUUCUCGCGCGGCUCGCUUCGCUCGCCCAAAUAGGAAAGCUUGCUCGCGGGAUAGCUGUCCUUCAUUCUCCAAUUUUGUUAUGCUUAGAAACUUUAUUAUUAUUUGUAUACUCUGAAAGGAUGGUGUAAAUUUCAAAUCCAAACGUUUUGAUAAUCCAAUGAAGAAAUUAACGCUACUGGAACACUAUAAGUCAGCAAUAAACGAAAAAUCUCAUGGGUCUUUUUAACGUGUCUGAAUAAGUCUUGUCAAAGUACUGUACUACGGGGGGUGACAACUCUAACAAAGGCUGUUUGGGCAGUCCUAUGAAUAACUUUAUGUCCUCCCGGAAAUUUCGUCGACCCUCCCGAAUUUUUCGGUGGCAUUCCCCAUAAAUGUUUAACUUCACAAAAUUGUUUUAUCAAUUAAAAUUAAAAUUUUGAUUAGAGAUUUUUUGCAGCUUCUUGUUAAUUAUGUAACUUGUUAAUUAUCUAAUCUUAGUUAUUUUUUCGUUUAGAGGGUAUCAUGUUAACACAGAAAGACUAUCAAACUUUUUAAGUAUAUAAAAUCGUGUUUUUUUGUUUUUUAAUCACAAAUGAAUCAGGCGAGCAGUGAAGGGGCCAACAACUAGGGGGGUCUGGGGGCAUGCUCCCCCAGAAAAGUUUGAAAUCUUGUUGCUCUGAAACGCCAUUUCUAGUGUUCUGAGAGGACAAAUUCUGUCCAAAAUGUUCUCUAAAUCAAUUGUCCUUUUUAUUCUUAUUUUUAUUGGCGUGACUUUGCGUAGAAGUAGUGAAUUUUAUUUUAUACAAGUUGUGCGGUUUUUGAAAUUGCUCUGGAUAUCACUUUCAGCUAAGUAUACUCUGUGUGGUGUCAUUGUAUGAGUAUCAUAAGAAUUCAUUUGAAAAUUUCAGAACAACUGUCGAAAUCUGAAAUUUUCCUAUCCCGAACGCAUAUUGAUCGGGAUUCGGGGUUUUCGAGCAAAAUAGGAAGGACCCCAACGAGAUCAGGAUGAUUAAAGAGCCUUCACAGACAUAUUACUUUUUAUGGCCUCAUUUGUGUUUAACAAAGUUAAAUGAGUUUCGUUUUUUUCUUACAUACUUCUUACGUACUUUUACAAGUUUUCCAGUAUGUAAUCAGUGGAAUGUGCUCUUAAAACUCGUCAAAGUGCAGCGUAAAAAUACCCCUGAACUAAUGAAUGAUGGGAUCUGGUGUGAACUGAUAGUAUGUGCCUUGCACCAGCACGGCUCUUGUUUUAAUCCGCAGGGGAUUGCACGUGGUCAAUCGCACUCGAACUUCAUGCUAUUUUAGUUGGAAACGUUGCUGAUUGGUCUUUUCAUAUCAUGGGGGGUUCAGCCGUUUUCAAGUGUUAAAAUACAUAGAAUACAGCGCAUACACUGGGAGCAUAUCACUGUAUAUAUAUUGUUUGAUAACAUGUAAUAUCAAAUCUUUGCUCAAUGUCCCGAAAAUAUCUCAUACUUCACGAAAAAUUUCCCAGGUUUCCCGAUUCCCGGCAAAAUCUCCAGAUUCCCGGAAUAAAUUUGUUUUUCUCCCGAAACAGCCCUUGUUAGAGCUGUCACCCCCCGUUGUACUCGCGCACUGUGAAUGGUUGAGAACAUACAAGUUACCUUAAAUCGAGCAAUAUUUGAAGCCAAUGCAGCGCCUACGGUAGUGAGAUCUUCAUUUUUGCUCAGAAGACAGUUCACAGUGACAGCAGCAAGGGGAGUAGAGCGAGUGUCUUUAAACAUGACUGAGUGACCUGUCUGAUGGCUGGUAACACAACAAUACUACAACACAAAAUAUGACUAAUAAGUGAAUUGGAAUUAACGUUUCAGUCUGAGGCCGUUUUCCAGGUUUUCAUGAUGACGACAUUUGACUACAACUACCAGAAUGCGUUUCGUUUUCGCUUUUAAAUUUGUCGAACCCUAACCUGAGGAUUGAAAAACAAUAACCAUAAUUUUCACAAGAAAACAAAAAACUGAAGAACUCUUGUAGUUGUGGUAAAAAGACGUCAUGAUCAUAUAAUUGUCCUGCUAACGCAAUGAAAAUAAGGAGAGCCUAAUAUAACAAUAGGUCAUCCUCAGUAGCUAAGUGGCAGUGCUGAUGAGUCAAAUGACGCAUUUAACAUUGCAUCUACAGAGCUAAGAUGUCCGCUUUAGAUCUAAGUGAAUCAGAGGGCAGUAACGAACCCAUCCAAAACGUACAGCCACUGUAGCCACUAGGAGUUAUCUCGAACUCAAACGUUAGUCAAUGACUUCCAAACAGAAAGAAAGGAUCAUUGGCAAAUCGAAGUUACUAUUAUGAUGCUUUCUCCUUGUUUUAAGGUAAUAACAAAAUAGGUACAAGUAUAAACCUCUAAGGACUUAUAGAGCAUGCUUUUUUAAAAUUCUCCAGAAGUGAACAUAAUCACUUAGCAAAAUCAUCUCUGGCAGCUGGCCUGCUGGGCAAGCAGAACUUUGUAAGUCACUUACCAGCUUCACACAUUCAACUUGACUUGAAGAGGAAUUUAUGUCUGAAAAUUGUCUGCAGGUCAUAUUCACAGUUUCCUGUAAACCUGUUUGAAACAAUACACAGACCUGCAUUGAAUUUUGAAUUUACAGUAUCCAGCUUCAGUUAAAUAAAGAUAACCUCCGAUGUUUUUGCAUUUAUUUUCCCUCUUCAGUAUAACUAAAAAUGUCGAACAUUGGCAAGAUGAUGAUAUUAAGUCUAGGGACUAGACUCACUAAAAAAAUCUUGUUUUGCCUGCGGAAAAUGCAGUGAUGCGAGUAUAAUUAUAAGGUUUUACCUUGGGUUCAAGUCUUUUUUAACAAUACACAAAAUUUAAAACUCACCUUUAGAAUCAGAAUAUAACUGAUCAUUUAAUGACAACACUUGAAGAAAUUUCAAACUAAGCUGAACAGCGGAGCAAUAUUUCUCUUGAGUUAAAUACUUGUCAACCACCUUAUCUGUAAAACAAUUUAAGGAUCAAUAUAACCUUUUCUAAUAAAGCCUGACCUUUCAUCACCCCUUUUAGCAAACAGUCUGAUCGUUGAUGUAGAGAGUAGGUUCUCGAUGAAUGACAGGUAACUAUUGCAAGGGGCAGGUGGCGGCCUUAUAAUUAAUUUUCUCCAAACUAGAAACUAAAAUACCUGACUUCAAAUCACUUUCACACGAUACUUUAAUAUCUCUUCUUAUGAAUUCUUCUGAUUAUUUAAUUAACUGUCAAUUAGUUUCAUUUAUCUCGCAAUGCUUUGAAUUAAGAACCAAACUAAUAUUAAUGAAUGAAUGAAUGAGAACUGUAACGUUUUGUAAUGUUUUACACCUACUAAUUAGAUGAAUUAGUACUUAAAUUAGACUAAUAGCUUUUGCAAUACUGUAAUUUUUUAAUGGUCAUGCAAAUAAAGCAUUUGGUGUUGUUGAAGUUGGCACGAGCAACUAGGUUGACGUGACAACACACUUUGCUUUGGUUUGCUUCACUUUGACAAGACGAGCUAUGACGAUUAUGAUGAUGAUGAUGAUAAUGAUGAUGAUGAUGAUCAAGCAAACAGAUUGAGUAACUAAAAUCUUUUAAUAUCAGGACCGUAGGAACGAAUUUGAAAGUGGGUGGGCACGACUGUUGUGGCACUGAAAGACCUUUUACUCAAAGCAUUUGUAGUAUGCAUAACUAAUAUCAGUUUCACUAAACCUGUUGCAGUCUAUCUGAAUGAAGCAGGUUCAUUUGCAUUAAGAGAUUCUAUUAUGGAUGACAUGGAGGCUAUAGAACUUUCUUGAGCAUGUAUUUUCAAAAUUGUAAGCUGCGUUUCAACACGUUCCAAGUUUAUAUCUGAAUCAUAAAAGUUCCAGGUUGAUAACGGCUCACUUGAAAAAUCGCCCCCUGCAACUGUUGUGAGAAGCAAGUUUUCCAGAUUCAUAUAGAUUUCAGGGGCGUAGCUUGAGAUUUUGAAGGUGUACGUUAGGGAAAAAAAGUUAGAAGGCCGAAGGCGCUUCAAAGUAGGGGGAAUGAUUGUCCGGGGCAUACUCCCCACAGAAAAGGUUUAAAUUUAGGGGCUCGGAAAUGCCAUUGUAGUUCUGCGUUAUCCACAGGACAUUUUACUCAAUACAAAAGAAAGUGCAAAUGGUUAGAACAUAUUUUACCCAUAUCUAGCAUUGUUGUUAUAGUACAGUGUUUGCGGAAAAAGGUAAAACAGUGACGCCAUCAAGGAAAUUACAAGCAAAGGGGGAGAGAGCCUGUCUAUUCUCGUCUCUACUGCGAAACAUCCCUAGUGAUUCACUGGCGAGCGAGCGAGCAUUUACCCUUCAGACGGGCAAAAGACACCAAAUAAAGAUCAUAUAAUGCAAAUUCAAAAAACCAGUCACCCUCAGUGUUUAAUGAUAAAAGUGCUUGCAGGAAAUCAUUGUAUAUGUUACAGGUCAAAUUCGAUUUCAGGUUAAAUUUUUUUAACCUAAGUUGAUUCUCUAUUUGUCUUGUCUUCUAUCUAGCCCUAAUUAUUUAUGAAUUAGGGCUAGGAGACAAAGGAAAAAAUAAAGAAUCAGCCUAGGUUAAAUCAAAAUUAACCUGAAAUCAAAUUUGACUUAUAACAUAUAUAAAAAAAUUAUUUUCCACACGUUCGUAGAUGGACGCUACGCUCCUGGAUUUUAUAAUCUGGUUGAUCAAUCUAGACUUGAUUCCGGUUCACUAGCAAGUCCAGGGCUUCAAAAUAUCUGAUACAUCUGUUAUAGUCUUGUUUAGUUCCGGGAAAAUGUACGUCGGGUUGUCCUUCAUCUGUGCUUUUCUAGCAUUACAGGGAUUUAAACGGACUUGAGAAGUUUAAAAAUUAGCCCUAACAACAUAUUUUGUAAAAUCAAACGGGGAAUUGCGUUGGUUAUUAAAUCAGUAUUUUCAACAAUAAAGUUGUAAUUUUUUUUCCCUUCCAUUUUCGCCCAAAAAGUGAAGGGAGUGGGGGCGGGGGAAGGAGGCAUACGGCCAUGUAAUUCAUGACGAAGGUAACUUUUAUCUAACGAGGAAGGUGACAGGAGACAAAAAAGUAAGGAAAAAUAACGCACAGUGUUAAAGCAAAGUACAACUGAACUUACCAAGAACUUGAAUUUGCCUUUCUUGCACUCCUAUCAGAUUUUUGUCAUGUAGGCACUCUUUUAAUUCAUCAAGAUGACUCAACUCCUCAUCUGAAAAUUCUUUUGUGUCUGUAAGAACGUCUUUCAGCUGAGCUACAUCUGAGGCCGUCUAAAUAAAUUAUAAACGAAUGUAAAAUGUUAAAUUCACAAGACACUACAAGGCUGUAAGGAAAUACGGAUUUCCAAGGUUUAUUUUAUAAAAUUUCACAGACUUACAUCAACUUGGUUGAAUGUGUUGGCCUUUCUCAGCACUGAGCUUUGACUGUCAAUUGGAAAAAAAAAUUUAGCCUUGUUAAAAAAGUAAAACUUUAUAUUCUAACCAUGGAAGAAAGCCUGUUCCAGACUGAAAGAUACUUAUAGUAAUGAGCAGAAGUCAUGAAAUCUGAUGCAUAAAACACGCACCCCCUUUCCCAGAUCAUACACAUCUUAUUCUCUCAUGCAUAUGGCUUGUUCAGUUUGGAACAUUCCAACUAUCUAAAAGCCUGGCACAGGCUAAACAUGAGUGUUUAAAUUUCUUUGUUUUAUUUUUUCAAUACUUUUGCAGAUACGCUAAUUAUUAUGUACAAGACAAUGUUCUUUACAGGACACUGUUCAAAGCUUAUGGUAUUCGAUUUAUGAUCCUGGUAUAUGGACAGGUAAAAAUAAUUGUUGCAUGUUCUGUUCACCAUGAGGUCAUAUCUUUUACAGAAAAUGUCCUAACCCCAUGGCUACAGACUAUUUUUAGUCUAAGCCCUUGAUCAUCUCUUUUAUAUGGCCUUUCAUUUUAAUUAAGUAUUUCCCUCGACACUUUGCUUGAGAAACGCUUUUCCUUUUUUCGUUUCCUAUUCUUUUGCAAUAAUAUUACCAUGAAUAAAUUCAUUAUUGAAGAUUGUAUCUGGAACAAAUAAUAUCAAUAAAAGGGCACUUGAUAUGUUAAGUUCUUACUUUGUUUUACAAGCAAACACAUAGCAAUUUGGAAUCUAAACGUUUCCCUUACCCUAUCACAUUGGUUUUUUUCUUUUGCCUCAUUUAAAUAAAGAUAUUCGCAGAGUUCAGAGAAGUAUGUUAUAAUUAUUAAAAGGAAGGUCCGUGUGCUUGUGAUAACACUUCGUUUUUGACAGAUCCAAAAAAUUUGAGUAGCAAAAUAAAGAGCUAUAAAAUUGAUAAAAAUAAACAAAAAAAUGUUUGAUUUUCUGUCUUCUCAGGGAGGCAAAUUUAGUGUCAUCCCAUUGUUUCUCAACCUGGGAUCUGGUCUUGCCCUUCUUGGUAUUGUAAGUAUUCAAAUUGACAUUGACAUUUUAUUUUAUUGUUUUAUUUACAGUACAAUGUGUUCUUGUGCCUUUCACCUGUGAUCAGACGUUCUUUUCAGGGGAGCAUGAAAUUUACAAUAUCUCAUUUCUUUUGCAGGCCACAGUUCUUUGUGACAUUGUGGUUCUCUAUGUACUUCAGAAGAAGUAUUUUUACAGAGAGAAAAAAUAUCUCUUGGUUGAUGAUACUGAAAGUGAAACUGAUGAUUACCAGGUAUGUUGAAGUGGCCUUGUCCUGCUUUUUUUCCAGUUACAUGACAAAGUUUGAAUGUUAUUUAUACAGAAGCAUCUUCUCUAGUGAACAACCAUUGUUAACCAUUGAAAAUUUUGAACAGCUUGGGCCUUCCGAGCUAAUCUAUUGACCAGUGAAGGAAAUGUUAUACUAAACGCCAGCACACUAUGAACAUUGCAGUAAUAAAAUUAUUAGUCUUAAAUUUGGCAACUCUAAGCCCAGAAUAGAAGCUUUUGAUACUUAAAUAUGGUUAACAUUCAUUUAGUCUUUAUACCAACAAUAGCGUUUUUGUUGAUUUAUAUAUAUGUGACUACAACAGCAACUUGUAGAACAAGAAAUCACAGAUGUCAACUAACAACGGAUGAAGUAUAAUACCUGAAAAGGUAUUCAUUGGCAUAGCAUAGCGAAGGCUUUUAACAAUUGCUUCAUAAAUUUUGCUUAACAAGUAAACUACGCCCGUCAGUAGAGCUAGAGUAGUGGAAACUAAGGUAGUAACAUCCGUCAUGCUUGCUUUUUGUUGUAAACCUGCUUUAUGUUUGACAGGUUGCCCGUUUCUCAGUAACUUGCAUUGAUAACACAAAACUUGUAAACAAUAGUAUAUAGACAGUUUGCCAGUAUGAACACCCAUCGGCUUUUUACUGUAAACUCUUAUUUAAAAUACCGCGUUUUAGUUGCCUGUCCACAGACGUUUUUUCUCUUUUUUUUGGACAAUUCGACACCGCGGAUUUUAUUUCCAUACGCGCGCUCGACGAUCCUUACUGCGCUUUUCAAAAACACGUGAACUCUGAAGUUCAAAAGCCGCCUUUACAAGGGCGUUUUUCGCUGCUUUCAAUCAUAAUUACGAUCACAAGCAACGAUCCUUGAAACACAGAAACACACAAAAUGGAUCGAAAUCCACAAAUCACAAACCAUGACCUUUUGAACCCAUGGAAGUAACGGGGGGUGACAACUCUAACAAAGGCUGUUUGGGCAGUCCUAUGAAUAACUUUAUGUCCUCCCGGAAAUUUCGUCGACCCUCCCGAAUUUUUCGGUGGCAUUCCCCAUAAAUGUUUAACUUCACAAAAUUGUUUUAUCAAUUAAAAUUAAAAUUUUGAUUAGAGAUUUUUUGCAGCUUCUUGUUAAUUAUGUAACUUGUUAAUUAUCUAAUCUUAGUUAUUUUUUCGUUUAGAGGGUAUCAUGUUAACACAGAAAGACUAUCAAACUUUUUAAGUAUAUAAAAUCGUGUUUUUUUGUUUUUUAAUCACAAAUGAAUCAGGCGAGCAGUGAAGGGGCCAACAACUAGGGGGGUCUGGGGGCAUGCUCCCCCAGAAAAGUUUGAAAUCUUGUUGCUCUGAAACGCCAUUUCUAGUGUUCUGAGAGGACAAAUUCUGUCCAAAAUGUUCUCUAAAUCAAUUGUCCUUUUUAUUCUUAUUUUUAUUGGCGUGACUUUGCGUAGAAGUAGUGAAUUUUAUUUUAUACAAGUUGUGCGGUUUUUGAAAUUGCUCUGGAUAUCACUUUCAGCUAAGUAUACUCUGUGUGGUGUCAUUGUAUGAGUAUCAUAAGAAUUCAUUUGAAAAUUUCAGAACAACUGUCGAAAUCUGAAAUUUUCCUAUCCCGAACGCAUAUUGAUCGGGAUUCGGGGUUUUCGAGCAAAAUGGGAAGGACCCCAACGAGAUCAGGAUGAUUAAAGAGCCUUCACAGACAUAUUACUUUUUAUGGCCUCAUUUGUGUUUAACAAAGUUAAAUGAGUUUCGUUUUUUUCUUACAUACUUCUUACGUACUUUUACAAGUUUUCCAGUAUGUAAUCAGUGGAAUGUGCUCUUAAAACUCGUCAAAGUGCAGCGUAAAAAUACCCCUGAACUAAUGAAUGAUGGGAUCUGGUGUGAACUGAUAGUAUGUGCCUUGCACCAGCACGGCUCUUGUUUUAAUCCGCAGGGGAUUGCACGUGGUCAAUCGCACUCGAACUUCAUGCUAUUUUAGUUGGAAACGUUGCUGAUUGGUCUUUUCAUAUCAUGGGGGGUUCAGCCGUUUUCAAGUGUUAAAAUACAUAGAAUACAGCGCAUACACUGGGAGCAUAUCACUGUAUAUAUAUUGUUUGAUAACAUGUAAUAUCAAAUCUUUGCUCAAUGUCCCGAAAAUAUCUCAUACUUCACGAAAAAUUUCCCAGGUUUCCCGAUUCCCGGCAAAAUCUCCAGAUUCCCGGAAUAAAUUUGUUUUUCUCCCGAAACAGCCCUUGUUAGAGCUGUCACCCCCCGUGAAGUAAGCGUCCGUUUUCUAGGUCCGCUAAGACAAUUGACGGCAGGGAAAAACGCAAAUGUCAGUUGGUUUUGGAAACUCAGAAUUCGCGUGCUUAUGAAAAAAAAAAAAGGGUCUGUGGACAGGCUACAUUACAUUUGAAGAACAGCAGUUAUAAGAAUUCCCAAAUAGUACUAAAAUCUACCUUUUUUGUGGACCGCAUUCCCCUUAACAUAUUUGCGAGAUUUUCCGUUUUGUUUUAUAGUUCAAUAAAUAAUUAAAUAAACAGUUUCAACUCCUUUCUCCUAAUAGAAAACAAGAGCUCGUGUCAUGAACAGCACUGGUAGUAUGGAUCGUAACAGUAAACAGUAUUCACCCAUAAACAACGAAGAAGAUAUUCAAGAGGAUUCCACAACUUUCCAAAAUAGUAAUAAUACACACACAAGUCAAAGAUAG